UGGGAGGACUAAACCAUUCUGCGCAUUCAGAAGGGGGGGAGAGGGCCUUUUAGAGAGACUUCACAUUUUUUCCAGAAAGGAAUUCUGAAUGUUUGUUUAUUUAUUCAGACAAUUCUUAUUAUCUUAUUGCCUUUAUAACUUAGAGAAAAAAAGCAAAAUAAGAAAUACAUUUUUAUUUCAGGCCCAUGAAGGGCCCCCCUCCCCACUAGGGCCCUGGGUAGUCAGUCCCACUUUCCCCCCACUACGACGCCCCUGACAGCCUGGAUUAAAAAAAAAACAAAUAGGUUUGAUUAGUUCAUGUCUCGAUCGGCCUGCACUGUACCGGUGAAUGUUUUGAUGACUCAUUAGUUUUGAUUUGAUGAAGGAUAAGAGUUAUUCACAAUAAGGUAUCCAGUGACGAGUUGUCUACUUCACAGACCUCACACUGUUCACUGAGAGAAAAAAGUCGAAAUAUCAAGAAAAAAAUAUAAAUGCUGGAAUACAAUUUCAAAUUUUUAAUUUUAACUUUAUUCUCGACAUUUCGACUUCUUUUUCAUAAUGAAAGUGCAUAAUGAUAACAAAAAUCUUCUUACUGUAAAUAGUUAUGUCUCUUUCAUUUGUUAUAAAUGUUCAUAAAUGCCUGUAAAUUAAAAAUGCUGAAUAAAAGAAAAAAAAGUUGUUGAUGGUUUAGAAAUGUGUUCUUUUAAUUAACUCAUUCAUUUCAUAGAUGUAUUCCUUUUAUUGAAGGUAUUUCUCAUCUCUUUCGUCCGAUACUUUUUAAAUUGCGGUCGCUUCGCUCGGUUUGUCCUUUUUGUCCCUCCCGGAGGUCCGUAGUGGCGGUUUAUUGAGCUACAGGCGGACUGCAAAACAAAACAUCUUCGACCACUUUGCCGGUUAUAAAUUCAUCUUUCACGGUGUUACCAUGGAGGAGGUGACCCGCCUGGUGUCAACAGGAGACUGUGUGAAGAUCUGGGAUGCCGUUUGCAUGGCGCCACUGGAGCAGUUUAACCCCCACAGCGCCAGUCACCCUGUGGCACAGGCCUGCUGGAGCUCCAACAAGCAGUACCUGGUCUCAGCUAGCAGCAGCGGAGACAAACUGGUCGUUUCCAGCCUCAAAUCUUCUCCUGUUACAGUCCUGGAACUGGCUGACGGGAAAAAACAAACACGUGUGUGUCUCAGCUCAUCCUCUCAGUUUGUGGUCAGCGGCGGCCUGGAUCACUGCGUACACAUCUGGGACCUGAAGACCAAGAGACUGCACCGCUCGCUCAAGGAUCACAAAGAGGAGGUGACCUGCGUCUGCUUCAACACCAACGACAGCUACAUCGCUUCGGGCUCCACCAGCGGAGAUUUGGUCCUCCACAGUCUGACCACCAACCUGUCAAGCAAAGCCUUCGGACAGGGCAGCAGCCAGCCGAUCCACGACCUGAGGAUGUCCACGCUGAAGCGCUCCCUGCUGGGCAGUGUGUCCGACAGUGGCACCGUGGUCCUGUGGGACUCCAACACGCAGAAGGAGCUGCAUGUGUUUGACAGCGCCCACAAGGCCCCGGGCUCCGGCCUCGCCUUCUCUCCCGCCAGCGAGCUGCUGGUGGUCAGCGUCGGGCUGGACAAGAAGAUCGUCUGCUACGACACGGCCAGCAAGAUAGUCUUGAAGACGAUCCGCUCCGACAGUCCUCUGACAGCGGUGGACUUCACUCCGGAUGGUACCGGUCUGGUGGUGGGAUCCACUCAGGGGAAGAUCUAUCAGUAUGACCUGAGGAACUCCAGCGCCCCCACCAGGGUCACUGUGGCACACAAAACCUCAGUGACCUGUCUGCGUUUCCAGGGCAACGCCAGCAGACUCAAGUCCAGUAAACUCGGCCCUUCAAAGAUCGGCAGUGCUACGAGAUCCUCUUCAAAGCUGUCAAACAGCCAGUCAGAAUCCACCCCCACAGGCCCCGCCCCCCACAGACAUGUGACCAAUACAGCAGGGGGCGCUGGUGUGGAGGCGAUGUCCCGUGAAGCCGAAGGUCAGCAGGGGGCGGAGCAGCUUCCUGUGGUGGAGAAGUUCAGCAGCAUUGGACGAAACAGUCUGGACAUGUUUUCACCGGCGCGGGAAGACUCCAGGACUCUCGGGACGCCCGGAGACACUCAGCUGGGGAGAACUCACGUUUCCAGUUUGGAGAUGUUCUCCAGAGAGGGGGAGGGACAGCCGGUCGUAGGUCGGGCCAGUCUGGACAUCUUCUCCCCAGUCAGAGAAGACUCUUACUCCAGUGGGGGCGUGCACCGUAAGACCCCUCUGGGAACGCCCCUGGUAGCCUCAGCGGGGCGGUGCUACAGCCCGCUGUCCACCUUCCAGACUCCGCCCUCGAUCAAAGAGGAGGAGCCAAACUUUGCGACCGCAGCAGCUGAACCAUGUGACUCGAGGAAGUCCGAGAAAGCCAGCAGCUCCAGUCUGGAGGGGGAGGGUCUGACCCCGCCCACAUCAUCCCAUCAAACCAAUCAAAGCCAGCCGGGCCCGCCAUUCUUCACCCCGGAGCCGAGCUUGAGGAGAGCCAACGGGAUUUUAACUCAGCUGAGCUACGACUCACCUGUCCCCGGAGCCCCGCCCCCCACAGCCUCAGGUGCGGCUCUGUCUGCGGCCGUCUCCUCGUCUCUCUCUCAGAACAUUGCAGAGGUGGUCGGUCAGGCAGGGGGAGGAGCUGCUCCUCUCACCUCGCUGCAGAUCCACUUCAUCCAGAACAUGAUCCACGAGACCCUGGAGGACUUCAGGGACGUCUGUCACAGAGACAUCGUCAACCUGCAGGUGGAGAUGGUGCGGCAGUUUUACAUCCAGCUGAACGAGAUCCACGGUCUGAUCGAGAAAUACUCGGUAAACGAGUCGCUGGUGGAGGAGAUCGAGAAGCUGAAAGAGGAGAACCGCCGGCUGAGAACAAACUACUGACCCUCACAGCUGAACGGUUAUGUUGCUGUGCGCGCUAAGUUCAGCCUUUCCGGCUCCGCCUCCUUCUGCAUGCUCAUAUUAAGGACGAUCCUGGGAGGGAGUUUGGAUUCCUAACAUGGAGCGAGAGUCUUUCUUCAAAAUGCAGCCAAAGAUUUUUAAAAACUGAUAAACAGAGUGGCUGCCUCUCUGCGGUCUUUGACUGAACCACAGCGCCCCCUGCUGCUGUGGAGGACUGCAGCAUCUCUGUGAGGUUGUGUUUUCUCGCUUUGAGAUGAAAUGUCCAAAUGAGUGUAAAAAUAUUGAAUUCUGUGUUUGACUUAACAAAAUACUUUCAGAUGGACAUUUUGGAACAUUUUCAGAAACUGUAACAAUCAUGUGUGUCAAGUUUUUAUUAAAAAGAAGAAAAAGAGUAUAAAUGAUAAAAAAAAAAAAAGAUUCAUACUGAAAAUAAAACAGGAAAUCGAGCAGGCGUAUGUUUGUUUCAUGAACACGAUGACUUAAUGUGUAACUCAAAGAAGAUAAAAUUCAAAACAACUUUGUCUUUUUUUAAAAACUUUAUUUAAACAUCACAUUUACAAUUUCACACAACUCAGGAGUGAGUGCGUACAGGGAGACAUUCAAAAUUAACAGCAUAUAAAACAUAACAGAUUAAUAAUUUGGUUGGGGGACAAAAAAGGAACAGAAAUCAAAAUAAGUCACCAGGCAAUGAUGUAACGUAAAAACAAUAAUGAUGUCUCAACCUGAAUUUCUUGUUUUUAUUUUAUUUAGAUUGAAAAGGCACCUUGAUUAUUAUUAUUUUUUAUUUAGAUAAG